CCCCUUCUUCCUCCGUGAGGCGCUCCUCUAGCAGCUAGGCAGCAUGGCGGCCGUGGAGACGCGUGUGUGCGAGACAGACGGUUGCAGCAGCGAGGCCAAGCUCCAGUGUCCCACCUGCAUCAAGCUGGGCAUCCAGGGCUCGUACUUCUGCUCGCAGGAAUGUUUUAAAGGAAGUUGGGCUACUCACAAGUUACUACAUAAGAAAGCGAAAGAUGAAAAGGCCAAGCGAGAAGUGUCCUCCUGGACCAUGGAAGGUGAUAUCAACACUGACCCUUGGGCAGGUUAUCGAUAUACUGGUAAACUCAGACCACAUUAUCCACUGAUGCCAACAAGGCCAGUGCCAAGUUACAUUCAAAGACCAGAUUAUGCUGAUCACCCUUUAGGAAUGUCUGAAUCUGAGCAGGCUCUUAAAGGUACUUCUCAAAUCAAGUUACUCUCAUCUGAAGAUAUAGAAGGGAUGCGACUCGUAUGUAGGCUUGCUAGAGAAGUAUUGGACAUUGCCGCUGGGAUGAUUAAACCAGGUGUAACUACUGAAGAAAUAGAUCAUGCUGUACACUUAGCAUGCAUUGCAAGAAAUUGCUACCCUUCUCCUCUGAAUUAUUAUAAUUUCCCAAAGUCUUGUUGUACUUCAGUGAAUGAAGUGAUCUGCCAUGGAAUUCCAGACAGACGGCCCUUGCAGGAAGGAGAUAUUGUUAAUGUGGACAUCACUCUUUACCGCAAUGGUUAUCAUGGGGACCUGAAUGAGACGUUUUUUGUUGGAGAUGUGGACGAGGGAGCUCGGAAGCUGGUGCAGACCACGUAUGAAUGCCUGAUGCAAGCCAUCGAUGCAGUGAAACCUGGUGUUCGAUACAGAGAAUUGGGAAACAUUAUUCAGAAGCAUGCCCAAGCAAAUGGUUUUUCAGUUGUUCGAAGCUACUGUGGGCAUGGAAUCCACAAGCUUUUUCAUACAGCCCCCAAUGUACCCCACUAUGCCAAAAAUAAAGCAGUUGGAGUGAUGAAGGCCGGCCACGUAUUUACAAUUGAGCCAAUGAUUUGUGAAGGUGGAUGGCAGGACGAAACCUGGCCAGAUGGUUGGACAGCGGUGACGAGAGAUGGAAAGCGGUCUGCUCAGUUCGAGCACACCUUGCUGGUCACGGACACUGGCUGUGAAAUCCUAACCCGGCGGCUCGAUAGCACGCGGCCUCACUUCAUGUCCUAAUUUUAAUUUCUCCUGCGAUGGCACAUCUCAGUGAUACCUUCUGGCUGUACCAUGCAUUUUAUUGAGAGUACAGAAUGGAAGAGGAAAUUUUUUAUUACUUGUUUUGUUUUGCCUAUAGAUAAGGAAGGACUACAGCAUUUGAUGUGUGUCCUCAAGAACUUGUCAAGCCAAGAAGAAUAAAGGAAACAUUUCUCAACUCCUUUCAAUGCUCUCUUCUCCCCACAAAAAUAUCUCUGCACCCCCGUUUCCUCCUCUGCCCUUUGAGCACUUUUACUUAAACCUGCUUCUUUCUAGUUGCUUUUAUCACUGCCACCACUGGGCCAUCAGGAGCCAGCUGCUUUCCAGGUGAAUGUUGGAGAUGAGAAUCCUUGAAACUUUAGCAACAUAUGUUGCUCCAGAUUUUUUUUAUUAUAUAUGUAUGGAAAUAUAUAUGUGUACAUUUUAAAUUUCGUAUAUGUAAUUACCGAACACUAUGUGACCUGGGGUUUGUGUUGAUUCUGCUCUGACAGGUUAUGUGCUGUCAUAAAUGGACCCAUAGUUUGCAGUGAUUUAAUUCCCAGUUGGAAAUUGGCCUCCCAGCUCCUCCUGCUAAUUACCCUUGCAGUUGUGUAUAAGGAAGCGCUCGGUCAGUGAGACUUUGUCUCCAAUGUGGACUCUGUGUCAGUGAAUGGAUGUGUCAAAAUUCACUUUGGAAAAAGGUUAUCAGGUUUUUCAAAAUUUAGUUUAUGGCAAAAAUAGCCAUGCCCCAAGUGGUAGCUGGCUGUUGCAGAACAUGAGAUUUUUGUAAUACAUUGCUGUUUCAGACCUCCGUUGGUCACAAUGGGAGGAAAAAAUGCUCCCUUCCUCCGUCUUAUUUCAAGGGCACACAGUGGAAAUAUUCAGAGAAGGGUAGAGGUUGCACUGUGGAGGUUGAUGGGGAAAGAUGGUUCGAAAUCUCACCAGCAGUGAGCAGAGUGAGUCAGGUGGGCUGUAAUUCUAACACUUAGUAAACCUGGUAGUGAUGAGCAAGGAACUGCCUAGGAGACUGGACUGCUCCCUCGGGAGGGAUGCAGCUGUCCUCGGUGUCCUGAAAACACACUUCACCUUUACAUAGUUGGGAACCUCAUUAAAGAUGACCUCAGCUGCCCAAUAUCUGUAUUCUUUUCAGUAGUUCAGCCCAGAUGGUAGUGUAUCCAGUGAAGAUAUAUCAGAUCAAAGUCAUCGUCAUCACGUAGUGUACUUGAUUACCGAGUAUCUGGUAACUUUAUUGUAAGAUAAUUUGAUACCACUGACAUGUUCCACUUGUACAAGAACAUCUUUCCCAGAGUGCCUCAGACCUUUAUUGCUUUAAAGGAAUUAUGAUGAUGUUUUCAUUACUUUUAUUAUUUUAAUGAUUUAGUAAAGUGACUGAAUCUGGUAUAGACUUUUGGGGGUAUGUGUGUGAAGUUUUUUAUAAAACUGUAAUAUUUGUGAAUGGAAUGCCUUGCAAUAUGAAUGUUAAUAUAAUGUGUAAAGGGAGAUUAAAAAGUUUGAAUGAUUAUCCCACCAUGUAGUCAUUAACUUUGCUGCAUUUAUUUGGGAUUUCAGAGGGAAGUGGUGGGAAUGGGGUGGCUGUUCCAAUCUUAAAUAAACUCGUAACUAUUAGAGCAAGAAUACUUUUUAAAGUUUAAUGGCUGCAUAAAAAUUUCGGCACUGUGUUUAGUUUGGCAGUCUUCUAGCAGGAUUUGAGAUGCAUCCAUAUUUUUGAGUUCAUUUAAGACAGAUUGCUCAAUAUUUAGGACAGCAUUUUAUGUACUGAUAAUGGAUUAAUUGUGGGCGUAUUCAGUGUCUAUCAUUAGAAGAUAAGCUCAAGGAAAAAAAUCUUGGUGGGAUAGGUUUUUUGGUUGUUAAAAGGUAAAAACCAGCACACGGGUAAAGAUGCUUUUCUUGGUUUGGGAGAUUUUAAAACAAUAUGGGCUCCAGUCUAAUUGUAUGUAUCUAAUUACAGAUGUUUACUAGAUUUAGAUGAGAAAACAUCUAGGGUAUUUUCAUCAUUCUGCCAACUUUUCAAAAUGUCAGUGUAUUAACUUUUUGGAAUUAACUUAACCCCCCCCCCCCUUGUUUCCUGCCAGUCCUCCAUCCCCCUUGGAAUAAUGUAGAAGGGAAACAUGUUGGCCGUUUAUCUUCAUUUUAUUUCUUGUUGAUAGAAUGGAUUAAAGUACAUUAGUACCCAUUCACCAACACCUUUAUAUUACUUGCCAUCUACAUGUCUAAUUACUAGGAAGCGGAUAUUUAGGAGUUUGCCAUCUUAGCUUGAUUCCUCAGUUUGUCCUGUCACUUCUGGCUUUUCGUUGGGUUUGGUUAAAUUUGAGAGUGGGAUGCUCCACUUUGCUAAUGCCCCCAAAUGUACCCUCAUGGUAUCUGUAAGCUAUUUCUGGCCUUUUUUUUUUUAAUCUUCCAACUUUGGAUUUUAAAAAUUUUCACAUUUAUAGAAAAGUUGGAAGUCUAGUACAGAGAAAUUACCAUAUAUCCUUCCCCUAUAUUCUAUAGUUGUUACUGUAGCAUCUCUCUAUGAGCACUUCUCUUUUGAAAGACACCUGCUACUGUUGCAGCGUGUCUCUCCUAAAACACAAGGACAUUUCCUCCACAAUCAUAAUACAGUUCUCACACCCAAGGAAUUGAACACUGAUAUAGCAUUGUCUAAUGUAUAGUAUGUAUUCAAACUUGAGUCUCAAUUUCCCCCAAAAUGUUCUUUAAAGUGUUUCUUCUUUUUUUAAAUGCAGAAUCAAAACUAUGGUAUUCGGUUGUCAUCUGUAGUCAUUUUUUACUCUAGAACAAUCCUUCCACCUUUUUUGAUCUUGUAUGAAAUUGACACUUGAAAAAAGCAGGCCAGUUAGCUUGUAGAAUUCUGCCCUUCCCUGAUUGUUCCUCACGAAUAGGUUCAGGACAAACAUUUUGGCGAACUCUGUGGACAGCAUGUGGUGAGUCCCAAUCAUUGUGUCAUAGCAGGAGGCACGUAUAUCAUUCUUAUAUUAUUGCCAAUAUGUUUAAAAUUUUUUUUCUUAAAUUUUAAGGGAGGAGAUAAUUAGAUUUAUUUAUUUUUAGAGGAGGUACUGGGGAUGGAACCCAGGACCUUGUGCAUGCUGAUCAUGCGCUCUUCCACUAGAACUAUACCCUACUUCCGCCAAUAUAUAUUUGAACACUUGGUUUCUGUCAGAUCUAUUUUAAGAAUAUCUUUCUUUUCUUAAGCAAAUCUGGGAGGAGAUACUUGGAGACCACUCGGAUAUCCUGUUCGCUCAGGGUUUAGCAUUAAUAAGCCUUGCCAGAAUCCGUAAUUUUUUUGGUGGCUGCAAACUGGGACUUUGUAAAUAGCAUUCCAUCUACAUUUAUUUGUUGGCACUCUUUUACUAAGAAGCACUUUUUCCCCUCUCUACCAACUUUUUUUGAUUAUCAAUGUGAGCACACUGAUUCUUUUUUAAAAUUCAAUUUAAUUACUAUAAAUGUUCCAUUUUUAGCAAGUAGGAGCAGCUUGAAGCUUAGUCAUGGGUCACUUUGACCGACACCAGUCAUCUUUGAGCACGUUCUUGCUUGUUGCCACAUCAAGAUGCUCUAGGUUUAUCAUACACUUUUCCUGCCCCAGACUGGGAAUUGGCUAUUUCCUCAAGGAGCCCUAGUUUCUCUUCAUGGGGAAUGGUAUUUGGAAAUCAAGAUCUGGGUGCUGCUGGGGUGUCCUUGCUUCUAGGCACAUUCAGGGAACAGAGCCAGCAAAUAGAAUUUUAUAAAUCAUGAAUUCAUUCUGAUAGUUUGAUUUCAAAUUUAACACUAAUCUUCCUCACCCUUUCCUGUUCCAUAUUCGUAUUUUCCAUCUUCCAUGGUGAGAACUUGAUUUUGAAUAUUGAUAUUUACUUAUUUGCUUUAUUUUAAAAUUACUACAUCAAAAUCACUACCAAAAAUAAACUAAGUGCAAAAUUUGUGAUUCUUUUAUAUUCUUGGAACACAUCUCACUAAGGGGGUACAGAAUAUUGGUAUACAAGUUAUUUGAAGUAAUUAACUUUGAUCGUACUGUAUUCGAAAUUUCAGAAACCAUGAGCUACUUUUUAACAAUAAAUGCAGCAAAUCUUAGGGGCAAAAUAUGCAGAAGGGGUGGGAAGGAUUUCUUAGUGGUCUGGGAGUUAGAAAUACUGGAACCGAUUGACAUAGUGUGAUAAGAUUCUGUCUACAUUUAAUUGUGUUUGACUUCUACCAAGUUCUCUUGCUCAAGAGGAGCAAAUUAUGCCACUUAUAAUGUAGAUGUGUGGCCCAUUUUCCAAUAGAGUAGGGAAAAACAUCUGGACAUUGUUUUAGGAACAGAUUGUUUCACAAUAUAGGCUGCAUUAUGCUAAUAUUCUGAAAGUUACGUAUUUUGCUUCAUUUUUUCUUUCUUUUUUUUUAAUGGAGGUACUGGGGAUUAAACCCAGGAACCUGUGUACGCUAAGCACGUGCUCUAACUCUGAGCUAUGCCCCCAACCCCUGUUUUGUUUCAUUUAAAAAAUGAACAUCUAAAGAAAUGCAGCACAGGCUGCAUGCAUGGAAUUUCUGUGGUCCCAACUGUGUUUCAACUUGGAGGGGCCUUUGGUGAUAGCCUUCUCUUACCUCUUCUUCCUUUUGGUGCUAAGUAUGAAAAAGAAAGACAGUGAUUUGCAUUUGGUUAUUUUGCAAAAGGAAGCAGGAGUAGGGUGGCCUUGGCUACCUGUUACCUGCUGAAUUUCAUUUUGGGAACUUGGAUAAGCAACAACAGAACCACCUGUAUAUGGCAAUUCUGUGGUUAUAUUUAAAAAUGAGUCAACAGUGGUGUGUCUUAGAAAAGUGUGCCAAAAAGCCAGUAUGUGGAGUGCUCAAGAAGGGCUUCCUGGGGAGAUUCUCACUUACCACUAAUGUUUGUUAUAGUUCAAAGGACUUAAGUAAUUCUUCUUGUGGAUGUCCAGCCCUUUUACUGUCGCAAAGAUUUUAGCAGAGUAAUUGCUUCCAUCUCCUGGGUGCCUGGCCCUCUGACUGUUAUUCCAGCCACCUCACCCACUCCUGACAACACACACGUGCCAGUACUUCCACAAGUUUGGGGGCACGUUUGCACUACUGUGUCACGAGAAGAGCACAAGAUUAUACAACCAGGGCACCAGGGCUCUGAGUUCAUUUUUUUUGAACUGGUUGCAUGGACAGAUCACCAUGUUUCUCUGUGGAAGUACGCUAUUUGGGUAAUGAUACCACAUUAUCACCACUUAGCAACUUUUAUUCUAUAUAUAAUGUGGCUAUAAAGCAAUUUUGCUUAAUUUCAGUACUUGGAUCAGAAGUCAACAGAAAAUUCAGGGUAAAAGUUUUUAAGCUUUAUCAGUAAAUCUGAGCCCUGGGUGAUUCUGAGGAAACAAAAUAGCCAAGGAAAAGAAUUUUUAGCAUUAAGAUGUAGAUAAGUGAAAGCAACAUAUUUUACAGCAAAUUUCUGCUCUUCUAUCUUGUUUAACGUAUCGAGGUAUUUUUGGUAGUUAAGUGUAUUUCAGUUGAUGUCUAAACUCAGGGUAGUUAUGUGGUGGCUUAGCAGUCCUUUCCGUGGAAGGGAGCAUGUGCCUAUGUACCUCAUCACAAGGAAUUGUUAGGAUGUCGAGAUUGAUAAAAAUUAGUCUGCUUAGAAGCCCAUGUCACCUGCGUUGUUCCUAUAGAGAAAAGUGCCACCAAAAGAAAUUUGUAAUGGAGGACUUUGUAUGUACCGGGUCACUUCCUAGUUGUUUCUUUAAAGAUGAUUCCCUUGGUAGAGUUCUGUGCAUUUAUUAUCUCACUAACUGUUUAAAUAUACUUAAUAAAAUGUUUUCAAAA